UAUAUUUUUUCUUUGAAUAUUUUUUUAAAGGAAUUCUUCGAGUGUGAAGAUAAAACCGCAGCAACGAUGAGUUUGCAACAAAUCGGUAGUGCUUUCUUUAACGAUUUGCAGGCAACCGAAUCUUACGAUAAUCUAACCUCUGUUCUUGGACAUUUUAUUGUUUUACGUCGUUUGAACAGAUUUGCACAAUAUCGUAAUCGUAUAAUACGUGAUGAGGUUAAUCGGGAACGACUGAUUGUUGAAGAAUGUUUUCUUCAGUUACAGAAUAUAAAUAGCGAAAUUGAACAUUUACAAAAGGAAGUGGAACGUUGUUACGAUUUUAGGUCAGCAGAUGAAAAUAUUGAUUUGGUGCCUUUAGAGGAAUUCUAUGCAAAUGCACCUUCAUCAUUAAGUUGUCAAAAUUUUUCUGAUAAUAAUUAUCAUGAAUUGCGUCUGGCGCGUCUCACGUGGGAAAUGAUGGAACGUAAAAAUCUUUUGGGCACAUUGCAAGAAUUAGAAGGUCGAAAAGGUGUUCUUUUAUCCGAUAUUAUGACUAAGGAACAUCGAAUAAAGUCAAUCAAACCAAAGGUUGAAGACCUGCAUAAACUCUUUGAAACAUUUCUUGGCUUUUUUCAUUCUUUUUUAUUCAUCCAUUAUUCAUUUUAUUUUAAACUUCACCCAGAUCUAUUAGAGAAUGUUGAACAUGAAUUGUGGGAUUUUUCGGUUGUAUAA